AUGAAAAGUAUAUCUGAUAUCAGGUGUAGCGAUCACGAUGAUGAUUCUAAUAAAGUUCGGGUUAUAACAAAGUCCGCUUCAAUAGGACUUCCGUUAACGACAUCUGAGAAGUUGUUGACAGUGCAGAUAUCUGCACCUUCAUAUUUACAUUCGUUAAAAGAAAAUCAAGCUCCCCCGUUUAAAAAACCUGGAAAGGAAGAGAAGCCUCGUCUCUUGAUCGGUACUAUAGUAACAGAGAAUGAUGUGAUUGAGAUGAUAGUAGCAGACACUGACGAUGAAAAAGACUUAGAAAAACAUUUAGGCGAGUUUCUUAUAAAUAAGAAGAUAGUGCCACAUUAUUGUUUAUCUGAAAAAGCUUUGCUCGUGAGUUUAUUACUCGAGUGUAUCAACUACUCGGCACAACGUGACUUUCCUGCGACAAAAGUAGCAUGUCUGAUGACUAUCUACCUGGCUACCCACGCAUAUUUCAGGUGGUAUUAUUGGUUACCACCAGCAGCUGUGUGGAAAUUCUUAAAAGAAGUUAUGAUUAGGCACACUAUAGAGGAUUCUCCAGAUGGUCAAGAAGUGUUUGAACCAGAGGAGUGCUAUGAUAUUCUCACACAUUUUCAUACAAUGUACCUCACUAACUUGCCCCUUAUACAUAUAGUUACUUUUAGUGUUCACCGUUUGAAGUUUUUGUGGCCAUUUAAACCUAAGUGAUACACACUCCUUUAAAAAAGACUUUUUCUUUCUAUUACCUUAUUCUUAAUUAUUAAAUACAACCAGGUUAUAAAAGACAAAUGAAAGACUUGUGAUUUAUCUUA